CGUGUACGUUGGGAAGGCGCUCGCCGAGAGGGGGGAGGUCAGGGGAGGUAAGGGGAGGUAUCCGUGCGAGUGCGAAGCGCCAGACGAGGGGGGGAGGAAGACAGUGAUGGCGGCCAACGCGCUUCGUGUUUCUGCGAUGGCGGCGGCGACGGGAUCCGCCUCACUUAGUCUUGUGGGCUCGUCUACUGCUGCGCGUCGAGUCGGUACGGCAACGCCUAAGGUCCGGGCGAUGGCAAUGCCCACGUCCGCUCAUCUGUGCGGAUUGAUCAAUCGGCAGUCGUCGUGCGUGGGGGGUUCGCAGAUCGUGAGGGGAAGCCCUUGCGCGCCGCGACGACUGGUCGCGAUCCCGUCCCUCUUCCCCUCAACUUCCUCCUCCUCUGUCUCCUCUGUCUCUGACGCCUCUCUUUCGUCAGGCAUCCGCUGCCAGUCGUCCUCCUCCGCGCCGAGCGCCACCAAGGCGAAGACCAUCGCUGUGGGCGAUUCCAUCCCCAAUGUCGGCCUUCAGUACUUCGACGAGGAGGGCGUUAUGCAGACGGUAAUGACGGGAGAUCUGGCCAAGGGCAAGAAGAUAGUCUUAUUCGCCGUGCCGGGGGCGUUCACACCUACGUGUUCUCAGAAACAUCUUCCUGCUUUUGUCGAGAAGGCGGAUGAGCUUAAUGCCAAGGGCGUGAGCGUCAUCGCUUGCGUGUCAGUGAACGAUCCUUUCGUGAUGCAGGCUUGGGGAAAAAACGUUGGGGUGUCCGACAAGGUGAUGCUGCUAGCUGACGGGAGUGGCCAGUUCACCCAGGCCAUGGGAGUGGAGCUGGAUCUAAUCGAUCGAGGUCUCGGUGUCAGGUCGCGACGCUACGCCAUGCUUGUAGACGACGGGGUUGUCAAGAUUUGCAAUCUGGAGGAAGGAGGCGCUUUCACCAAUAGCGGCCCAGAGAGCAUUCUCGAAGCCCUCUAGUGUACUUGACACUCACACACAAGGAAGAGAGAGAGAGAGAGAGAGAGAGAGAGAGAGAGAGAGAGAGAGAGAGAGAGAGAGAGAGUGGAGGCGCGUUCACCAAUAGCGGCACGGACAGCAUUCUCGAAGCCCUCGAGGGUACUUGACCCUCACACACACACACACAGAGAGAGAGAGAGAGAGAGAGAGAGAGAGANAUGGGGCUGGAGAGAGAGAGACGGUUGCCGGCGACCUCGUUGUGCGUUGCGUCUGUGGCGAAUUGGGAGAGUGGAGCUGAUUCUUUAGGCUAUUGAGUGGCCGUGCGAGUUUGCUUCUUAAAGUCCUUGUUCAGCUUUGUGACGUGGAUGGCGCCACUGCAACGUGGAUGGAGGCAUCUGCAUGGACUCGUUUGCCACGUGGAUGGAACUGCCUGUGCGGCAAUGAAGCACUCUUGCGAUUAAUUGCUGCUUGUGCAGCCAUCAGGCACUUCAGCUGCUCAUUGAUGCAUGGCGGCUUGAUAGAUGACCUCUGUCUUGCGCGCUUUCUGCUCUCACUACCUCCUCUCUUGCUCGAUGUCUCUCUUCCUUCCCGCACCUCUUUUGACAUUUGCUCUCCUUCUCUGUUCUAUUUGCUCUUUCCCACGUGCGACGCACUCAUGGUGUCUGCUUCUCUCCUUCCUUCUGCAUGCCAGUUGUCUUCCGUCUUUGCUUCCUCUGCACAAGUCCCCUAACUGUUGUUCUCGUGCUCCUCUCUACAGGUGUAGCCUCUUAGGUUUCUUAAUCUCUGUACAUAUGUGUCCUUUCACUCGACGUUCCACGUGUCUGGACUUAUCAGGGGGUGGACACACUUUUGGCUGGACUCAUCAGGCGGUGGGCACACUUUUGUCGUUUGCUGCUUCCUGUAUGCCUGCCUGCCCGCUCGCCUGGUCGGCCAGGAGUUCCUCAGCGCUUUCGCUGUUCUCGUGGAUGGUCUUAAGUACCUGUACGCUAAUGCGGCCAGGUGCGUGAUCUGUACCAGAUCAUCAUUGACGGACACGGGGAACUGCCUCCGUGGUAAAGGCGGGAGAAUAGUUGUGUAACGUUUUAUUUUAGUAGGUUUUGGUUUUUGCCCUUGUUCCGGUUUUCUGUCAGCUACUUCACACGUGGAAUCCGUUCAGACACGUGGCAAUCAACCGGUGUUUGAUUGGACGUGCAUGCCAUGUCUUUUGUAUGGUUUGGAGCUUAUUAUGAAAUCUUAUAGUCUGUUUCUGCGCUUUCUCGCUACAUGUUCCUUCCCCUCAUCCCCAUUGGUAAAUUAGAUUCUCCCCCUUCCUUUCCCCCCCUUCCCCCCCUUCCCCCCCUCCCCCACUCGCCCCCCGCCAACAAUCUAAAAUAUCAGGUCAGUACUGUUCGUGGGGGAAUGCGUCAGUUUUCUGUUUUUUUUUUGGGACCUUAGUUUCCGAGCUUUUGUACACGCUGAAAUUUCUUUGAAGUGUACUGCUUUGCGUGUCAAGGGCAAUUGGCCAUUGGUUGUCAUCUAUCUUUGUGUUUUGUGUAGGAGGGUUGAUGAAGAAGUGAAAAGAUUUGUCG